AUGUCCUCCCCCACAGACCGCACACCGCUCCUCGAGAAUGGCAACGGCGCGCACCCGCCCAGGCCCUUCUUCGCGCGCCUCGCCGACUCUCUCAAGGCCGAGGGCCAGCCGUCGUGGCUCGCGUCCUUCCGCGCGUUCUUCUUUGGCUCCUAUCUCAACAUCCUCCUCGUCUUUGUCCCCCUCAGUGCCAUCGCGCACUACCUCGACUGGGAUGCCGGCCUCCGCUUCGGCUUCAGCUUCAUUGCGAUCAUGCCUCUCGCCGCGCUCCUCGGAUUUGCCACUGAGCAACUCUCACUCAAGCUUGGCCAGACACUCUCCGGUCUCUUGAACGCGUCCUUUGGCAACGCGGUUGAGAUCAUCGUUGGCAUUGCCGCCCUCCUUCAAGGCGAGCUGCGCAUCGUGCAAACCUCUCUGCUGGGUUCCAUCCUCUCCAAUAUCCUCCUAGUUCUUGGAUGCUCCUUCUUGGCAGGUGGUAUCAAGUACAGCGAAAGCAACUUCCAAGUGACCGCCGCGCAGGCCUCGAGUUCGCUCAUGACCCUCGCCUGCAUUACGCUCGUCAUCCCCGCAGCGUAUCACAGCGCGCAGUCGCACGGUGGUAUCGACGCGCCUGCGAACACGACCUCCAUCGCGCACCUUGUGCGCUCCAUGGACCCCAAGGGCGACCUCGGCCUAGAGCUCCUCGACGAAAGCUCACUUCAGGGCCUUAAGAUCAUCUCACGCGGCACUGCGAUCCUGCUACUCAUCGUCUACAUGGCGUACCUGCUCUUCCAGCUCAAGACGCACGCGCACCUGUACGAGGCCAUGGGCGAGGAAGAGGAAGAGGAACCGGAGAUGAACCUUUGGGCUGCGGGCACUGCGCUCCUCGGAGUCACCGUCGUCACCUCCUUCUGCGCGGACUAUCUCGUCGCGUCUAUCGAGGAAACUGCGGAACGGUACCACAUCCCCAAGCCCUUCAUUGGUCUUAUCCUCCUUCCCAUUGUCGCCAAUGCCGCUGAGCACGUCACAUCCGUCUGGAUGGCAAUGAAAAACAAGAUGGAACUCACCAUCGGUAUCUGCGUCGGUAGCUCGAUCCAGAUCGCUGCGUUUGUUGUGCCUCUGCUUGUCAUUGUCGGCUGGAUCACAGGUCAUGACCUCACUCUGUUCUUUGCGGAUUUCGAGACUGUUGUGCUCUUUGUGUCUGUGCUGCUCGUCAACUUCCUCAUCCAGGACGGCAAGUCCAACUACAUGGAAGGCCUCAUGCUGCUCACCCUGUACCUUGUUAUCGCACUCGCUUUCUGGGUUUCAUAA